CGAACCUUUCAAAAUGGCAGCGCCCGCAACCCAGCUUAUAAAAGAUAUUGCGAGGCAUAUAUGCGUCAAUACGUAUGAAGAUAUUUCCCAACGUUCUGCGCAGUGAAGGGCUUCCUAGAUUCUCCUUAAUAUUAAGCCUCUGAGGUUAUCCCGUGCUACGUACAGCGUUGAGUUUGCAACCGUGCUAGGCCUAGGAGUAGGAAGCAUACCGUCAUGACCGCACGUAGCUAGGCCUACCUGCCUACUGCUGAUCUAGGCCUACAUGUACAUCAUGAUCUAGUCAAGACCCAGUGCUUGGGCCAUGCUUGGAGUAACGUUAUGGUCGGUUGAUAGUACAGUCUGAAGCAAUUAGUCUGGUGACUCCAGGACUGGUGCUGCUUAUUCUACCAUGGCUUCCAGUAAAUGCUUCUUGAAGAACUGUACGUCACUGGGUAUCAUCACGAGAACCCACUUGAGUGUACACCAAAGACACCAUACAACCUUUCUCUGUUCUGCAAAGACUUGCAGUUGGGGCAUUGGUGCGAGACACUAUGCAAGCAGAGUGAUUGUCAGGGAGCCCUUGAGCAGGAUCCUCCUACGCGAGCUUCGUCACCGGUUCUCCAAGCCAAAGAUGAAAACGCCCCCCUACGACCAUGUCUGCCAGGUCGGGGACCCCAUCCUGCGUGGCCAGAGCUCACCCGUCGAUCCCCGUCAGAUCAAGUCGGCCGAAAUCCAGAACGUCAUCAGGAUGAUGACCAAGGUAAUGCGGAGGGCGGGGGCAGUCGGCUGUGCAGCCCCCCAGGUGGGCGUGGCCAAACAAAUCGUCGUGAUGGAGUUGACUGAAAAGCAUCUGGAGAGGUUUGAGCCUGAGGUCCUGAAGGCAAGAGAAGUGGCACUCUUCCCUCUGACGGUCUUCAUCAAUCCACAUAUGAAGGUCACUGACCCCAGGGUCGUGACCCUACUGGAAGGCUGUUUGAGUAUCUCUGGCUACGAUGCCUGCGUCCCACGAUACUAUGGCGUGGAGCUGACGGGAUUGAAUGAGCUUGGCCGGCCGGUUAGUUGGUCAACCACUGGCUACUCUGCCCGAAUCAUCCAACAUGAGGUAGACCACCUCCAAGGCAAGCUCUUUAUUGACAUAAUGGACCCUUCCACCUUUCUGGACAAGGAGUGGCCACGCUGGAAUUUGAAGUGAUCUAUCAUUCUUACGUUCGGCUCUUGCUGCGAACACCUAGGUUACUGAUCCUGGCAGGUUUGAUAGUGAGUGCCCUUAUUAAACGCUCAGAUGAAGUGCAGUUAAAGGGCCAACUGCUACACGCAACAGUCAAGCUUGGGAGGUAACUUCAUUGCUCAGGCUGAUGAUAUCCUCACUCCAAAUACGAGAAUGUCCAGGGGUCUUACAAAGAAGCAAUAGACUUUAUUCAUAGAGAAGCCAUUUUUGAUUGUGUUCCUGAACCUACUUUGGUUAGUGUAAUCUGUCAAAUGGGGUGGUGCCAGACUGUUUUCGGGUUCCAUGCUCGACUUUUUUAAAUGUUGCUUAAAACAUUUAGAUAUAAUAAAUCACAAACUUUAAAUUA